AUGAUGGGUCUUGAAGGUAUAGGAGAGCUUCAAAACUUGCUCUUCUUCUUACUCCUUUGCCUCACAUUAUUGGCUGAACUAUUGGAGAUUACUGCAGCUUCUGCACAGGGACUGGAUGGCGAAGGUGACAUAGUGUGCCCAUCUGUGUGUCGCUGUGAUGACGACUUUAUUUACUGCAAUGACCGUGGAUUGAGCGCAAUCCCACCUCUACCACCAUCUGCAACUGUACUUUAUCUUCAGAACAAUCACAUUGACAAUGCAGGGCUUCCUAGGUCCUUGGAACAUCACAUGACUGUGCGUGUCAUAUACCUCUAUGAUAAUGAGGUUGAUGAAUUUCCCAUGCAUUUGCCACCUUCAUUAAGAGAGCUUCACCUCCAGGACAACAAUAUUAGAGUGUUGCCAAGGACUGCACUUGCUAGACUUCCACUACUUGAAAAGUUGCAUCUGGACGACAACUCUGUUUCUACAGUGAGUAUUGAGGACCAGGCCUUUGCGGACAACCCUCAGUUACGUCUCCUCUUACUUUCCAGAAAUCACCUCUCUAGCAUCCCAUCUGGUCUUCCUGCCUCACUUGAAGAGCUCCAUUUAGAUGACAACCGAAUCUCUACUAUUCCUACUCAUGCCUUCCGAGGUUUGUCAUCUUUACGUCGUCUGGUCUUAGAUGGUAAUCUUUUAGCUAAUCAACGCAUAGCUGAUGACACCUUCUCACACUUGUCAAACUUAACAGAACUCUCCCUGGUCUGUAAUUCACUUCAAGCACCCCCACUUAACUUGCCCAGUGCCCACCUGCAGAGACUCUCCCUUCAGGACAAUAACCUGAUACACAUGCCUCGGGGCUCACUUGAUGGAAUGCGCAGACUGCAGUGUCUAGAUCUCUCUGGGAACAAUCUGACUACUCUUCCCAGAGGAUUGUUCAGGGACUUGGAGAGCCUGGGGCAGCUGCUUGUGCGAGGAAACCCAUGGCAUUGUGGGUGCAACUUGCAUUGGCUACAUGACUGGCUGGAAGCAAAGGGGAAUACAAUAACAGUGAGAGACUUUAUCUGCCAGACACCAGAGCGAGUCCGAGACAUGGCGCUUAGAGAUCUCACAAAUCAGAUGGAUGAAUGUGAGUUGGCUGCUGCUGGUGGUGGAGGAGUAGGUACAGUGGUUGGCAGUGGUGGUAACAUAGUGAGUGGCGGAGCAGCAGGAGUCAUUUCUACCACUCUAUCUCCCCCUCAAGGGUCCCUAUUUACACUCAGGUCCAAGCGACCAGGCAUCGGUCUCCCAGAAACAGGAUUGGACUACACAUUAAGCAGCACCGGUGUGGGUAAAAACCUGGCCCUGAAUGAGAAACCCCUAUCCCAUGACAGCAUCCGUGUUACUUGGAGCGUAGUGCAAACAUCUCCUUCCUUUCGAUUAAGCUGGCUUCGCCUAGGAACAAGCUAUGCCAUGGGGUCCAUCACAGAAACCUUGGUUAGAGGUGAUCGGCGGGAGUAUCUUCUUACUUCCCUGCAGCCUGCUUCCAGCUACACCAUCUGCAUGGUGCCUCUAGUAUCUAACAGUGGAAGCAGGAGUAGUUUGUCUGGGGAGGACACAGAAUCAAAUGAGGUUCCAGUUUGUGCUAGAACAGAAACUUCUGAUCCUAGCCACCCUGACGAUGGUGAAGAUGAGAGCUCUGAUCAAUUGACUUCUCUUCCUCUCGCAGGAAUGAUUGGAGGUGCUACGGCAAUAGUUUCCCUCGCUCUUAUCAUUGCAAUUUUCUGCUGGUAUGGGCACCGUGCAGGAUAUUUCACAUCACAAGACCAUUACAGCCAUUGUAGCUCUCGCAAGAGCAAACACUACAAUGACUACAUUGAGUCAGGCACAAAGAAAGACAAUACUAUCUUAGAGAUCAGAGGUCCAGGAUUUCAGAUGACACCAAUGGCAACAAGGCAGCCCCUUCAAACGAAACCAGUGAGGGAGGAUUACAUUAUACACACCAUCUUCCCCUCGAAUGGCACUGGUCUAUACAAGCCAUCUCAAAACAUGACCAACUCUGGCUAUGGUACCAACCGUGGCUAUAGACAAAGAGGCAUUCCAGAUAUAGAUUAUUCCUACACAUGA